UUGACAUAAGAGUGGAACAAAGAUACAACACUGAUAAGGAAGGUGGUCCACCACAGACACCUGCUCACAUUUCAGUCUGACAUAGAUGCUCUCCUUCUACACAGCAUACUUCAGCCUUGGUCACAGUUGAAGAUCAGCUAUGGACUCAAUAUUUCUGACAUCUUCUGAUAUGUCCUGGGGUUCCCUGGGGACCGUGAGGUCCUACUCAAACUUCCACGCUGACAGGGACGCGCUGGAGAUCCAAACCGCCCUGGAGCAGAAAGAUGCCAACAACCUGGUCCGAAUCUUGACUAACAGGAGCAAUGCCCAGAGGCAGCAGAUCUUGGAAGUUUACCAGUCCAUCACUGAGAAGGCCCAGGACUUGGUUGCUGGGGUGAAGAAGGCUGUGUCUGGAGACCUGGCCACUCUGCUGCUGGGCCUCAUGAUGACCCCUCUGCACUUCCAGGCUCACCGCUUACGCAUGGCAAUGGAGGGCUUGGGCACAGAUGAGGAAACUCUGCUGGAAAUCCUGUGCACCACAUCCAGUCAGCAGCUCAAAGACAUCUCUGCUGCUUACAACACCAUGUUCCAGAAAGAUCUGGAGAAGGAUCUGAAGGGAGAGAGCAGUGGUGACUUCACCAAGCUGCUCAUGGCUCUGCUCAGGAGAGAGGAAAGUGUUGGUGGACUACAAACAGACACAGAGGCUCUCUCUCAAGCUCUUGAUGCUAAGAAGGCAGACCCCUGGAUUGCCAUAUUGACUACUAGAAACCCAGACCACCUCAAUAAAGUGUUGAACAGGCUGGAAAGUGAGAGGGAACAAAUGGUGGAUGAAGCUCUUCAGAAACGGUUCAGUGGUGACCUGAGACUGGGCCUGCAAACAUUAGUGUGCUGCAUAAGAAAUCCUCAUCUGUACCUAGCCCAAAGACUGGAGAAUAUGAAGACUGCCGUGGUACAGGGGGUGAUGGUGACCCACUGUGAGGAGGACCUGCUGUGUGUGAGAGCAGCCUUCCUCAGGAAGACCGGCACCUCGCUCUACACCGCCCUGCAGAAACCAUUCACAGGGGAGCACCUGCAGGCUCUGCUGGGUAUCUGUCGAUCUGAGGACUAACGUUCCUUCAUCAUUUUUUGUUCCUUUAAUUUUGGAAGUUUCCUGUGCUGUCUCAGUCUUUGAUAAUGGCAUACACAAAACAAGAAAAUAAACAUGAUCAUCCUUCUCAGAUUUAGGAUAA